UUUAAUUUUGCUGUUGAGCGUAGAAAUAAUCUGGAGUGCUUCUGUUAGUUCAAAUCGGAACCGAAAUGAGUACAAUGAAACGAGUGACAAAUCAUUAUCCAGAAAAAAACGCUUUCUGUUGUUUCCAAUUAAUGGACAAGUGGUGAUAACUAUGGCUGGAGCAAAGAAUAUGCUGUAUCCCUCUCCUGCAUCGAAUUUCUUACUUUUGGAAAUUGAUAUGUACUAUCCUCUGCCGGACUAUCGUUACCGUAUAUCAUCACUAAGGUUAGGCACGAUCGCGGAGCUGCCAAAUGCCCCGAAACCAGUCGGCAAUUCAUCUAAAGCAGUACCAACUCCAAUGCCGAUUCCGAUGGAAGCUCCAUCACCAAAAGAUACUCCGCUGCACAUGAAAGACAACUAUUUCGGUUAUGGUCAGGAGGCAUCACCUGCGGAGGUGAAACAAUAUCUUAAAGAUCAUCCGGAUAUUUAUGUUCCACCGGGAUAUGGUCACGAACGUUCGGAUCGGGUUCAAAACGUGUACAUUAGCCCGCAUUAUAAUGGAGAGAUGUCCUCUAAGAACAAAGACGAUUUCCAUGCUCAAGCACUGAAUUUGUGGCACUCAUCUCCGGAGGAUUAUGUUGAAAGAUAUUUCCCGCGGCGGAAACGGUCAAUUGACGGACCGGAAAAGAUUGACUACGAACUUGAGCAUGAAGAGGAUCGAUUUAACAUCAGUCAUCAUCGAGACUGGGAACACUUUUAUCACUAUCGCGAGAGGCGAGAACUUUAUCAUGCAUUGGAGAAAGAAGUUGGCGAAAGAUUUGACUUUCCGAUGAAGGCUUGUAUUCUGAGAUCGAUUUGCGAAGUCCGUAAAAUGAUGCCUGCAACCGGAAAAUCAAUGAUGGUUGACAUUGCCCGUACUGUUUUCAGUCUCCCUUUGAAGGAAGAGUUAGAGGAUGAAUAUAGUGCUGCAAUGCGUCAUGAGGAACCUGACUGUCACAAAAUGUACGGAAAGAAAUGCCCCCUUAGUAUAAUUCAACUGUUACUGUACGAUCCGUAA